AUGACUAUGAAACCAAAUAGUGUUGAAGUAACUGGUGAAUUAGAGAAGAUGGAGAUUUUACCAGGCCAGUUGGAGUUCAAAGGAACUUUCACCAAACCCUCCACAGAGUAUUUGACUUUGAAGAACCCCACAAAUACUCCCUUGGCUUUUAAGGUUAAGACAACUGCUCCCAAGUUGUAUUGUGUUAGACCAAAUGCUUCAAUCGUGUCACCAGGUGACUCUGUUCAAAUUCAAAUCAUUUUGCAAGCGUUUUCAACUCCUCUUGCCUCUGAUUUCAAGUGUAAGGACAAGUUUUUGAUUGUUUCCUUGCCAGCUGCAGAUUUUACCGAUGCUUCAAAGGUGGCAGACAAUUGGAGCUCUUUGGAAGCAAAACUGAAGGAUUCCUUGGUAUCAAAGAAGUUACGUGUUAACUACGUGGUUUCUAAAGAUGAUUCCGCUAAUGCUUCUUCUGGUGGUGCCGGAGCCGGUGCUGCUGCUGUCGGUGCUGCUAGCAACGGUAAAUCUGCGGACACUCCAAUGAAAGCCAACACCAGUUCUUACCCCGACACUCCAGCAGCUAGAGAUUUCCACUCUACUGCUCCAGGUCCUGACACCCCAUUCAACCAACUGUCAAAUAACUAUGGUAAUCAACAAACUCCUUAUGCUAACCCCGUUCCAGAGGUGAAGGAAGCUUCCUCUCCAGUUCAACACUACCAACAGCAACAGCAACAACAGCCACCUCAAAACUCUCCUUACCAACAACAACAGCAACCACCUCAACAACUCCAACACCAACAAUCCUACCAACAACUGCCUGUUCAACAGCAACAGUACUCACCACAACAACAAUAUCAGCAACCACCUCCUCAACAGCAAUACAUGCAAUCUAGUCCAUCUGUUCCUCAAUACAACCAAGAUAGAGGUAAUGCUGGUGUAGUUGCCCCUCCUCCUCAACAAUACGUUAGCGAACCAGUUAACGGUAUUUCCAUGCCAUUUGCUGCUAUCUUGUGCUUAAUUGCUUUCCUCAUUGGGUCCGUCAACUUGUUGAACACCAUUAUUGGUGCAGGGAUUCUUGCCAUGCCCUAUGGACUUAAGUCCAAUGGUUUAGCCCUUGGGUUGGUGUUAAUUGUGUGGUCGAGUAUAACAUCAUCAUUUGGAUUAUAUUUACAGAACAAAGUAGCCAAAUAUACAAACCAAAGAGGUUCAGUGUCAUAUUUUAGUUUGGCACAAUUAACUUAUCCGCAAUUAUCUGUGGUUUUCGAUAGUGCUAUUCUGAUCAAAUGCUUUGGAGUGGGAGUUUCUUAUUUGGUGGUAAUUGGUGAUUUGAUGCCCAAAAUCAUGGAAAGUUUGGGUGUGGAAGCUGAAUCUCUUUUAAUGCAUCGUAAUUUCUGGAUUACAAUAUUUAUGGCAGGACUUGUGGUCCCACUUUCUUAUUUAAAGAAGUUGGAUUCCUUAAGAUAUACUUCAAUCAUUGCAUUAUCAUCCAUCAUAUAUUUGAUUUGCUUAGUCAUUGAUCAUUACUUUGUCACUGAUUAUACUGUUCAUCCUCGUGGGAAAGUUAACUGGUUUGUUGCCGACUCUUGGAAAACUUCAGUAGCUGCAUUCCCUGUGUUUGUGUUUGCUUACACUUGCCACCAAAAUAUGUUUGCAAUCAUUAACGAGUUGAAACCUAGUGAUACUGAAGGAUCUCAAACCAGACAAUCAAAUCAUAUUAUUCGUAAUGCAAUUUCUGUGGCUUGUGUGCUGUAUGUGGUUGUUGGUACAUUUGGUUAUUUAACAUUUGGGAAUGAUGUUAAUAGUAAUAUCAUCACCAUGUAUCCCAAGGACUCUACAUCUUCGUUGAUUGGACGUCUUUGUAUUGUCAUAAUGGUUGCCUUUUCAUAUCCCUUACAAUGCCAUCCAUGUCGUGGUUCUGUCAAUCAUGUAAUCCACUUUAUUACGCAUGGGGUUGACAAUAAUAAAAUGAGAGCUAACUCAAGAGUUGAUGGGUACCAAGCCAUUAGAAGUGAUAGCAUAAGUAGUUCCAAUACUGCAGUACCCAGCAGCGUACCAAUAUCGGCCACCUCAUCCAAUACUGAAGCAGCACAACAUCAACAACAACACCAACAUGGAGGUCAAAAUACAUUGGGCUUAUCGGAUGUUGAAUCCGUUGUUGCUGAAUCCUUUAUAUCUACAACUCCCGUAGAAGGUGCACACGAUACCGAAGGACACGAUCCAAUCAUCGUUCCAUUGUCCAAAAAAAUGUUUUAUAUCAUCACCACAAUGAUUAACCUUUUAAGUUAUCUUGUUGCAAUAUCUGUUACGUCUUUGGCUCAUGUUUUGGCAUUUGUCGGAUCAACAGGAUCUACAUCUAUUCUGUUUAUUUUACCUGGGUUAUUUGGAUAUUUGUUGAUCAAACCUUUAGAUGGCCGGGAACAAUUGAAUGGUCUUGAACGCUUCUGCAAAUAUGGUGGAUUAGCUUUGUCUAUUUGGGGUGUAGUUGUUAUGGUGGUAUGUUUAAGUGCUACCUUAUUUUUAGGUGCCACUCAUUAA